CGGUUACCUCCCUUUCAGGAAGUGCGGGCACUGGUUGUCAGCGAAAACAAAUGGUGGAUCCAAAAAGUGCAAUAAUUAAGAAUAUUUUUGCUGUUCAAACGCUACAGUUAUGUUUUUCUCGUACAUUUCUACAAGAUUAAGAAUAUAGAAAUGACUUUCCUGUAUGAAAAUGGAUGAUUUAUGCGUUAAUUAUACGUAAUAAUUGUCGAACUGUACUUCAAAGAAUUAAAAAAAAGAAGAUAAAAUUAAAAAAAAAAAAAAAAAAGAGGGCAGUUAGCCAUCACUAUCAUACAACUUUAUUUCAUUUUACUGUUUACCUCCUUUGAUCAAAAGUUCUCAAGAUAUUAUGUCUAUGCACACAAAGAAUUUUAAUAUGGAUUCAUUUAAAAAACCAGAACCAAACAAUUUUAAGUUGACAGAUUUUAGAAGAGACUUGCAUAAUCGACACAAAAGAGAAGUCCAUAUGAGAAAAGAACGAUUACGGGCAGUUGAGACUAGGUUCCUUGCAAAACAAAUGAUAACUGUGGACACAUCAAGAGCCAGAUCAAAUUGUGAUGUGGUCAGAAUGUGUAUCAAGGAACUUGGGAUGAAAGAGUUCCCUUUUGGUAGAAAAGAGCAUUGUGAUAUACAUUGGCAUGCUGUUAGCUAUGAAGAAAAUCCAGACCUAUAUGGGGGAAAAGUUAAUAAAUUUCCAGGUAUGACAGAUAUCUGUAGCAAGAUGAUGUUGUUUAGAAGUUUGGAUCAGAUGAGAGAACUGUUUCCAUCAGACUAUGAUUUUUAUCCGAGAACAUGGUAUAUGCCUACACAGUUUCAUGAAUUUUCCUGUGAAGUAAGAAAAUUGACAGAAAAAAAAGUAAAACCUAGACCAACAUACAUUGUAAAACCAGAUUCAGGUGCUCAGGGAGAUGGUAUUUAUCUAAUCAGGGAUCCAGUAGAUUAUACGCCAUCACCAAAUGGAAAGUGCCAUGUUGUACAGGAAUAUCUAAGUCAUGUUUAUUUGAUAGAUAGAUAUAAAUUUGAUUUGAGAGUAUAUGUUGUGUUAAAAAGUAUAGAACCUUUGGAUAUACACAUCUGCAAAGAUGGUCUUGCCAGGUUUUCAACUCUUCCGUAUGAAACUCCCACAUACAAAAAUUUGCAUGAAUCUUUUAUGCAUUUGACAAAUUACUCAUUGAAUAAAAGAAGUACGACUUUUAACAGAUCAGAGCGUAGUGAUGAAGGAAGUAAAAGAACUAUAAGCAGUGUCUUACGCAAAAUCAAUCUGAAUGGCAAGGAUGGGGACCAAGUAUGGAAGACCAUAGAAAGAAUAGUGUGUAAAACAGUUAUUGCUAUGUUACCUACAAUGAGGAUUGAGUAUCAAGCUAAUAUACCUCCAGGAAAAACAAAACUCUCUUGUUUUCAGAUUCUUGGUUUUGACAUCAUAUUGAUGGAUGACCUUAAGCCUAUGUUAUUAGAAGUGAAUUCUGGACCAAGUCUGAGUAUUGAAUGUGAGCAGGAAGUAGCUCCUGGAAUAGUUGAAUACGUUGCAAGUCCUACAGAUGAGGAAAUCAAGAGACCUUUGGUCAGAGAUACUAUCAUGUUGGUUGUACCAAAGGAAAAGCUCAAAUAUUGUCGAAGACGGAAAAGGAGAUUAAAAAGACUGCAGCAGGAACAAAGGGAGUCAUGUCGAAGUGGGAAACGUCCAAGGUUUAAAUCGGAACCUCUUCAAAGACAAAGAACUCACAUUCUCAUUAUAAACGCUGAUGAACCUGAUGCAUCAAAAAGAGAAAUUGAUGUCACCAAACAAAUGUCUGAGAUGCAUUUGGAUCACUACAAUGAUUCACGAGACCAGGAGUCAGCAACAUCUAGAGAUGCUGCCAAAGACCUUAGUGAGGUUGACAUGCCUAAAAUGGAGUUGGAUUCUGAGAUGUCAGAGUCACAUGACGAUGACACAAACCAUGAAGAGGAUUCACAUGAAGAUGAUCAUGAUCAUGACAGUCCAACAUCCCGUAAAGAAUCGUGUCUGAAACAUAUUUAUCCUGCCAUAUAUGAUGAUGAAUUUGAGAGGUUGAGAUUAUUAGAAAGAGUGGCUGAGUUAUUUAGAUUUUGUUUAGGAGUUAGAGGAUCACUCAGAAUAGGUCCAACAGGUUUCAGGACAUUUGCCAGAAAAUGUAGACUGAAUAGAAGAGGAAUGACAAAUGCCUCCAUAGAUAUUAUGUAUAUAGAUAUGCAGAGAAAAUUUGAUCAUAUGAAUCCAGAGAGAACUUCUGACAAUAAGCCAAAGAAGACAGUAGGUCUUUGUUUCCAGGGUUUUUUAUCUUCAUGUUUAGAAAUUGCUAGACGAAAGUUUUAUGCUCCAACAAAACUUGAAAUGUUGGAAAAUUUACUAGACUAUUGUGAGGUAAAUAUUUGCCAAAGAGAUGAUGAUAUGCCACCAACCUUGCCAAGGUUGCAAUACCGACCAAAACAAAGCUCAUCAUCAUAUGGCCAAUCAUCAACAUUUCGUAGAAAGAUGUCACGGGAUAUAAGAGAAGAGACAAUAGAAGACCUUUUGGAUAAAACACAAAAGAAUUCUGAAAUAGAAGCAUUUCUUCGUCAAGGAAGAAGAAUGAAUUACGUUCCAAAACCUGUUGAUCAACCCGCUUUUAUGUCAUACCAUUCUGAAUAGAUGAAACUAUAUAAUGUUCAUAUUAACCAUGUAUGCAAGGUUCAUUUUUUUAAAGAAAAUAUUCCUAAUUUCAAGUUGUUGUGCUACCUGUAUUAGUUCUUGGUUUUAACCCUUUCAGCACCAAAUAAUUCCAGAUGGAACAUAUCCAUUUGGAUAUCAAUGUGUUCAUUGGUUCAUUUUUCAAAGUUCAAGUACAAUGCAAACCAUAGGGGAAUGUAAUUUUGUCAGUUAACAAUACAUUGGAAAGAAAGAAAGAAAGAUUCAUACAAAACUGGGGUUAAUCAGUCAUUUGUUUCAUGGACUAACUAUUAAGGCUGAUUUCAUAGUUUUCUGCAGUAGAUUUUUUGGAACUUACUUUUUUUAACUCAUAUUGAAGGAAAUAAAAAUAAGUAUAUCUAGUCUUGUAAUGUUUCUUCUAACUAAAGUUAUAUUAUAUUUGAUAAGCAACACUGUUAUAGUUUAUAUUUACCUCAUAUAUUUAACCUUUUUAUAAUUCUUGUAAAUUUCAGUAAUUCAGUUGUUUUAUAUUAAUUAUCUUACAUUAUUCAGAUAUUUGAUAAUUAUCUAAUUGAAUGUGAUUACAUUGUAUACAAAUUUAAAAGUUAGGAAAAUUUUUCUUUAUUUGAAAUGAUUCAGUUGUACGUAGCUAGCUUGUACAUGUUGUAAUAGACAUUAAAAUAAAAUGCUUUUCAUUCAAACUCUGAUUAUGACCUACAAUUGAAAUCAUGUUUAUUUAACUUGGCUUACGGUGACCUAUAGUUGUUAAUGUUUGUGUCAUUUUGGUCUUUUGUGGAUAGUUGUCUCAUUGGCAAUCAUACCACAUCUUCUUUUUUAUAAGCCCUUCUUUUAGACAGGACGUAUAAUGGUAUACCCUUGUCCGUCCAUCUGACCGUCCGUCUGUCCGUCUGUUGUCCACACUUCGGACAAUAACUCAAAAACACUUCCACCAAUUUUCAUGAAACUUAAGUGAAUUGUUUAUAUCUAUUGACGUAAGCUCUCUUUUGUUUUUUUUUAAUUUCAGAUUUUAAGUUUUGGAUUUAUAGGGCUUUAUUCAUAAAAAAAGGGGGUCCCUCGUCCACACUUCGGACAAUAACUCAAAAACACUUUCACCAAUUUCCAUAAAACUUAAGUGAAUUGUUUAUAUCUAUUGACGUAAGCUCCCUUUUGUUUUUUUUUAAUUUCAGAUUUUAAGUUUUGGAUUUAUUGGGCUUUAUUCAUAAAAAAGGGGGUCCGUCGUCCACACUUCGGACAAUAACUCAAAAAUACUUUCACCAAUUUCCAUGAAACUUAAGUGAAUUGUUUAUAUCUAUUGACGUAAGCUCCCUUUUGGGUUUUUUUAAUUUCAGAUUUUAAGUUUUGGAUUAAUAGGGCUUUAUUCAUAAAAAAAGGGGGUCCCUCGUCCACACUUCGGACAAUAACUCAAAAACACUUUCACCAAUUUCCAUAAAACUUUAGUGAAUUGUUUAUAUCUAUUGACAUAAGCUCUCUUUGGUUUUUUUUUAAUUUCAGUUUUUUUUAAUUUUAGAUUUUAAGUUUUGGAUUUAUGGGGCUUUAUUCAUAAAAAAGGGGGUCCAUCGUCCACACUUCGGACAAUAACUCAAAAAAACACUUCCACCAAUUUCCAUGAAACUAAAGUGAAUUGUUUAUAUCUAUUGACGUAAGCUCCCUUUCGGUUUUUUUAAAUUUCAGAUUUUAAGUUUUGGAUUUAUGGGGCUUUAUUCAUAAAAAAGGGGGGAUUUUCAACACUUCGGACAAUAACUCAAAAAGGCUUUCACCAAUGUCCAUGAAACUUUGGUGAUUUGUUUAUAUCUAUUGAUGUAAGCUCACUUUCAAUUUUUUUAAAUUUCAGAUUUUAAGUUUUUGGAUUUAUGGGGCUUUAUUCAUAAAAAAAAGGGGAUUUUUAACACUUCGGACAAUAACUCAAAAAGGUUUUCACCAAAAUCCAUGAAACUUUGGUUAAUUGUUUAUAUCAAUUGAUGUAAGCUCCCUUUCAAUUUUUAUAAAUUUCAGAUUUAACAUUUCCGUGUUAUGAAUUUUUAUGCUUAAAAAGGGGGGAUUUUCUGAUUUUGGGAUCAUAACUAACACUUUCACAAAAGUUUAUGCAAUUUUGAUAAAUUGUUUAUAUCUAUUGACAUAAGCUGCCUUUCCAUUUUUAUAAAUUUUAGAUUUUAUGUUUACUUAAGUAAUGAAUUUUUAUACUUAAAAAAAGGGGGAUUUUAUGCAACUUUGGUGAAACUUUGGUGAAUAUAUAAAUGUAACAUCCAUUUUGAUUUGUAUAAAUAUCAGAUUUUACAUCAACUAUACCAAUUUCAUCAGAUUUUACAUUUUAUGCGUCUUAUUAAAAAAAAAAAAUUGAAAACAGCCGGACAUUUAAUCACUAUUUCUAGUUGAUCAUAUAAAUUCAUUUAAAGCAUAAAAGACAAGUUAAAAGAGCAACAGGUGUAUCAUGCACUAAAGCGCAGCCCUUUAUUAUAUUAGGCACCUCUUAAUUCAUAGGUCAAAAUAAAAAUGUAUUGCUGAUUUGUUGUUGAACUUUCUAGAUGCUUUGCCAUAAAUAGAAUACAAAAUAAUAGAUACUCUAUAAGCAGAAGAAUACAAAGUAAUAGAUACUCUAUAAGCAGAAGUAAAUUAUCAUAUAAAAUUGUUUGCAAUCAUGUCAUAUUUCUUUAUUGGUAUAUAAAAUAUAUUUCAAAAAUAUUGGAUAUAUAUUGUACAUUAUUAGAAGAUUUUGUUUAAUGGUGAAUUACAAUUUUAAAUAUUUCAAUUCUAAUUCGCAUAUAUGUUUUUCCUUUUAUAACUGUGAUUUGCUUUUUCACACUACCAGUGGUCUAGACAUUAAUUUAUUCAACAAUUUAUCACUUACUUGGCGAUUGUGAAGUUAUAUUUUGAAUAUUGCGAUACAGUAAUUACUGAAUUUUUUUAUACCAAAGGGUGAUUUGAAGUGCAAAAUCCAUAUCUAAUUGGGAUGUUAUGCACAAACCAGGAUUAUCUCCCUUUUAUCAUGU